AUGAGCGUUACAGGCAAAAACCUGACUGUUUAUGGUGCUGCCCUGCCAUCUGCUGGUCAUAUUCGAAAUGUCAGCACAAACAGGAAGCUAGUUGAAACGCAAAACCCGGAAGUCCGGUGGAACGCAGGGCUAUCAUGUGACAUGCAGCUUCCUCCAUUCAUUGCAGUAUUCAGCUGCCUGUUUUGUUUUUAUACUGCCGUUUCCGGAGCCCUGCAGCCCAAGGAAGUGGAGAACCCACCAACGCCCUCCGACGCUCUAGAGAUGGACAAGAAGAACUUUACGGAGAGGAUGCUAAGCCUGACGCUGGAGGUCAUUCGCCUGCUGACCGGAGAGGAGUACAUUGUUGUGGGGAAGUCCAUCAGUCGCCCCCGUGUAUCCAGCACAUGGAGUAGGACCCAGGGCCCCAACAUGGAUCCUCCACCUGAGAAGAGAAAUGUCAAGAAGAUUCUCCAGGUUGCCAACAACAUUAUUCAUCUGCUGACAGGAGAGGUUUUGGGUUGUUUAGAAGAUGAUGAGGAUCUUUGUGAAGAUGUUGUGAUAGUGGAACAGCAACCCUCGUCCUCGCUGGAUAAUCCCAAGAGCGGACAUCAGGUGGACGAUCCGCACUUUCCGAUUAAGCAACCUCAUAUCCAAGAGCAGAGCGAAUGCAUUGACCAAUCCCACCGGGGGGCUAAAUUACUGGAAGAGCAUGAAGGCUCUAAAUUAUCAAAACAUCGUGGUCAUCAGAAAUCCUUCUCUCCAGGCAUGGACACCGGCAAAUUCCGGGACCAUCAGUCACGUGCUCCGGUACUUUGUGAUGUAGGGAGAGAGGUCUCGGCUGACGAUAGCGAGGAUCUAGAAUUCACAGCGGUUCCAAUUAAGGACGAAGGGGAAAUGUGGGGCAGCGGAGAAGAACUCGAAGAAGACCAUGUUGCCAAAGGCGAAGACUCAACACCCGAAGGCACUCCUCAAUGCCAUGACAAUGGACCAACAGGGGUAGACUGCGCCAACGUAAACAGUCAGCCUCUCUCAGACACGGACACUGAAGGUUUUAUAGAUCCUUGCAACCCCGUAUCUUCUCCGGCCAUACCCAAUGCCAAGACCUAUAAGUGCCCAGAGUGUCCAGAAGUCUUUAGCUGUCGCUCCGAACUUUUCAAACACCAGAGCCACCACCGUGGGUCACCGCUGUUUUCAUGCCCGCUGUGCGGGAAAAACUUUACCAGCAAAUCUAACCUCGCCAAGCACCAGAAGAUUCACACCGGCGAAAAACCCUACUCUUGCUUAGAGUGCGGCAAGCAAUUCCGAGAGAAGCACUACCUCGCCUCGCACCAAGCUGUGCACAGGGGGUCGCAGCUGAUCUUGUGCUCCCAGUGCGGAAAAGGUUAUACGUCAAAGUCCAACCUCGCCAAGCACCAGCGAAUCCACACGGGGCAGAAACCCUUCAGCUGCUCGGUCUGCGGCAAGUCCUUCAACCAGCGCUCUUUGCUCCUUGCACACCAGCGGACGCACACUGGGGAAAAACCAUAUUCAUGUGACUUGUGUGCGCGACGGUUUAGCGACAAAUUGCAGCUGGUGCGUCACCAAGCUACGCACUCAGAAGAUAAAGAAUUUUGCUGCAAUGAGUGUGGCAAAAGUUUUACCCGGAAGGACCUCCUGAUCAAGCACCUGGCUGCCCACUCAGUGGAUGAUUUACCUGAUUAAAUGCUUUUAAAACGCCUACAUAACUCCAGUAUCUAACAUUUCG